AUGAUGAAGCACACAGAGACAAACGCAGACGCGUUAGAGGAUGAUUUAGACUACCAAAUUGACGCCUCUUCAAACGAAUCCGACAACGACAGUCAAUCCCAGUCUUCUUCACAUGAAAUCGAAGCCAAUCAACCUUCUUCAGAUGCUUCUGAAGUCAAAAAAAACAAACGCAAACGCCAACGUCAAAAAUUAAAGGAAAAGAAAAAGCAAAAAUUCGGCACAUCUGGCAAAGAAGCCACUUCUCUUGCCCACUCUCCUGAUAUCUUGUCUGACAUUAUUAACAACCAAAUUCGCAUCAAUUUUAAAGAUCUUUCUGCUGUAGAAUUACAAGACAGGUUUAUCAAAUCUUCGUACAUCGAAGAUACAAUUGACUUUCCCAAUGAACGGGAAACUGGAAACUAUCCCGAAUACGUAACUCACGCGUUCAAAAAAAACAAUCAAGAAAAUGAGUUCAACAAAGUUGAUUCGAACGGUAGUCCUACUACCCUAAUUUUCUGUCUCUCUGCUUUACGGGCUCUUGAUAUCGUAAAGGCUCUUAGGAAACUACAGACAGAAGAAUUUAAAAUUACAAAACUCUUCGGUAAGCAUAUCAAGCUUGACGAACACAUCGAAUACUGCAAAAAUAACAAGAUUGGUAUAGCAGUAGGGACCCCCCAACGUAUACUACAAUUGACAAACGGAAACCUCAACUUUGAUCACUUGAAGUUUGUUAUUCUGGAUUAUACAUUCACUGACAAAAAAUCAUACAACCUUAUCUCAAACAAUGACUGUAAAAAACCUGUCAUGGAGUUUCUCACUCAUCCCUCUCUACUUAAACGUUUAUCAGACAAGACCACCAAAAUCUGUUUCUACUAG